UUUUCCGCCAUUUUGUACCGCAGAUUCAUCCGACAGUAUCCGUGACAAGCAGUUUCCAUCAUCUGAUUGGGAUUUAAAACCAUUGUUCUCUACCAAAAGCUUUAUCCUCAGACCCCGGUUUCCGUCAAUUUGUACGGUUCUGCUUGUGUCCAGCAGUAUUAGUUCGGUAUUAUUGGGGUUUUGAGGUGAAAUUAGAGGAAUUAUGUCGUCGGGAAGCCCUGAAUACUCACCGUUCUUCGCAGUGAUGGGCGCAUCAGCAGCGAUGGUCUUCAGCGCGUUGGGCGCGGCGUAUGGCACAGCGAAGAGCGGCACGGGUAUCGCUGCCAUGUCUGUGAUGCGUCCAGAGCUGAUCAUGAAGUCCAUCAUUCCUGUGGUCAUGGCGGGAAUCAUCGCUAUAUACGGCCUGGUGGUGGCCGUCCUCAUCGCCAACGGCAUUUCAGAAAAGAUUACUCUCUACAAGAGUUUCUUGCAUCUGGGCGCAGGCCUCAGCGUGGGUCUGAGCGGGCUGGCGGCCGGUUUUGCCAUCGGCAUCGUGGGAGAUGCGGGCGUCCGUGGCACCGCCCAGCAGCCGCGCCUCUUCGUUGGCAUGAUCCUCAUUCUGAUCUUCGCUGAAGUCCUGGGUCUCUACGGCCUCAUCGUAGCCCUGAUUCUCUCAACCAAAUAAACUGGCAGUCAGCAUGCGGCGCUGCCGGACCACACGACGGGGGACGUGGAACAAAAAAUAAAGUGGGAAGGGGGGGAAAAAAUAAAUGGUACCUUAAACUAAAAUGAAAUUAGAUGAAUUGAGAGGUGGGGAAAUAAUCCUACACAUUAUAACAGGCUCUGCGUUUGGUUUUAUCUCUGAAAGUGUACAGUCGUCCAGUUUGAUAGUUUUGAUUUCUUGUAAAUGCGGUAUAUAGUGAUUUUGUCCUGUGUCUGUGAAGAAAAAAUAAUAUAAUAAUAAUAAUAAUAAUGUAAUAGAUCUCAUUCUCUGUUUGUUUCCCACACCCCUCCUGCCUAUCGAUCUGUUAGCCAAUCACGCGUUCUCUUUCACUCCCUUCACGCUAGAGAGGGAAACGCACGAACGCCUCUGGUUCCUGUCUCUUCCUGUCACGUGAUUCGGGAGUUUUAUGAAUUUCCACAUUGGUGUCAAAGAAGUGUUUGUGAAGUGGAAAAAUGCACUGAUGAAUCUCUAUGUGGAAUGGAAUAGUUUUUGUUAACGUCCAUUUUUGUUUUCCGCUGAUUUUAUUUAUUAAGAUACUGUUCAUGAAAAUGUACUUGAAGCUCCUCAAAUCCUUUGAAUUGAUAUUUAUAUAAGCAUAAAUCUAUAUAUAUACACAGAGAUAUAUAUAUAUAUAUAAGAAUAGACCUGCACUGGCCGUGGUUCUGGUUCUGAGUGCAGUGUUGGGGAGAAUUUCGGCUUGAUGUGUGUAUCUAUGGUUGUUUCCUGUGUAUAUCUGAUGUUUGGUUGUAUUAAAGGUGUGCGUGUGCCCCUCGUGGGUCUCACAAGUGUCAUUUCCAUA